AUGUGUCGCACCCACCUCUAUCAAUCCUCUCUCUGCGGCCAUUGCUGGCUGCAGCUUGCCAGCCGCUGCCAUGCCGACCGCGACCUCACCAACUGCUGCCAGUACCAGCCCGACGCGGUCAACUGGGUCAAUCGCUUACCUCCCCAUCGCCGGAAGCUCGUCGCCGUCCUUUGUCCCAAAUGCAUGCUCGGCAGUCGCUAUGACCGCCAGCUUUCCCUGAUGGUCUACGGCAUCCACCACGGCAUCAAGUUCGGAGCCGGCCCUUCUCGCGUGGACGCUGGUUGCGACUGCCUUUGCGCCGUCAUGUGA